ACAAGACACUGACUGCAAAGCUUCAAGGAUGAUGCCACUUUGCAUUUUGUUUGUGCUUCUCGGUGAAUUCUAUCUGAUGCCAGUUGUUGACAUGACCACAGGUAUAACUCAGGACAGUGGGAUUAUAACAGCUGAAGUUGGCCAGGAGGUGACUUUGAAAUGUUUUUGUCAAGAUGAUGCUGUAACUUUCCUCUCUUGGUACCAGCAAAGCUUGGGAGGCAAACCUCUCCUCAUAUCAACUCGGAUGAAGCUCAACAUGAAAGCCAUUAUCUACCCUGCGUAUGAAAAAAGAUUUCAGGUCUUUGCGGUAACAGUAAACGGCACCAACAAUCUCAUAAUCAAAGAUGUGCGCCUGUCGGAUUCAGGAACAUAUUACUGUGGCAUUUUAGCAUUCAGCGCAAUUGAAUUUGGACAAGGGGUUUUCCUUCAUGUCAAAAAAUCACUGUCCAACAUCCAAGCUGUUGUCCAUCAACCGGUGUUGGAGCCACUUCGGUCAGGAGAAUCCGUUAAUUUGAGCUGUACGGUAUAUGCCGAAAAAUGUGCGGAGGAGGAGAGGCUCUACUGGUUCAGACAUGGUGCAGCUCAGCCUGCGAUCAUGUAUCACAGUGCAGGACAGUGUAUACAUGAGUCUCAAACUAAAAGAAACUGCACAACAAACCUCACUAUAAAGUCUGUGAACUUCACACAUGCAGGGAUGUACUACUGUGCUCUGGCCUCCUGUGGGGAGAUCGUUUUUGGAAAUGGAACCAAAGUGGAGAUUAUGGGACGCUCUACAAAAGCCUCCCGGGUCCUCGUGUAUUUUCUGAGUGUGGCAUUGGCGUUUUCCAUUAUCCUAAGUCUUCUGUUGGCUGUCGUCAUGUACAAGUUGAAAAAAAACAUAUGCUCUGUCUGCAAAGGGACUGUUUCCCGUCUGACAUGUUCUGCAGCUUCUGGCAGCAUGAGCCAAGAUGCAGAUGCUCUCCAUUACGCUGCUCUGAGUCUGAACAGGACCAGAGAACGACAUCGCCAAGAGGACAGCGAGGACAGUGUUUGUGUAUACUCCAGAGUAAAAAGCAGAAAGCAGUGAAGCAUUUCAUUACUUUUAACCAC